AUGAUGGAAGACAAAGCACAUACAAAGAAACCACUUACAAGAGAUGUGAAGAAAAGGAAGUACAGGUCUCCCAGAAAGUCAACAGUUUACUGUAUGAAUGAAAAAGAAUUGGUUGACUAUGCACUUCAGAUUUUAAACAAGAGCAAAAAGGAUCGGGGUAGUGAAGCGGAAACUGAAGCUUCUGUAGAAGGGGAUAAGGUGGAAUCCUACAAAGAUGGAGACAAGAAACCUCAGACUCCUCCAGAAGCAUCCUGCAGCCCAAAAUUGACACAGUCACCUCCUAAAAACUCAUCAAACACCACCCUGCCCGAGACUGUAUCUGAUGAAGAGGACGACCCUUUAAAAUUUGUCAGAGAGAUCUUUUUUAGCUGA